AUGAAACCAAGCGGCGGAUUCAUUAUUGAGAAGGAAGAUAUUUAUAAAAUUGUUAAGAAUUCUAAAUAUUCUACUCCUUAUAUUGAUCAGGAAGUGCAGGUUGGUGUGGAUGCCAAUGGUAAAGGAGCGUUCAGGUUAAAUUUUUAUGGACAAACUUUAAUAUUAAUCAUUUUUAGGAUAGAAAGGAAGUAUAUGCACCCGCAAAUAAUUUUUGCAGAAAUUGUGGCUUUUCUGUUCAACUUUGUAAGUUGCUUUGGGCAUAUGGAUUUUGUGGCCUUGUUUGAGGCGGGCCUGUUUAGACGUUGCUGACGAUGGACUCCGAUCUCUUAAUCGUGGGAUGAAUGUACGUUUGAAACCAACAAUUGUAAAA